AUGGAUGCCAUUGGUCGCUUCGCUCUUUGGCGGACUUGCGCCCGUAGGUCUGCUGCUAAGAAUGGUGGUGGUAUCAUCAAGAAGAACCAGAGGGGAAAUGCUACAUUGAUCACGAGCGCCCGGCAUGGACACCCCCAGCAUGGAGGCCCUGCAAAACAGCAGCAGCAGCAGCAGCAGCCUCGUCAUGUGUCUCUGAUCGUAACUGGAACGAACCAGCAGCAGCAGUGGCAGCAGUCCUACCGUGCCUUCGCAUCAUCAUCAUCCUCCCCCAAUAAUGUAAUAAGCGCCCAGGCGCGUCUGCGUCCCUUCGACAGGGAAAGCGUCUACUCCCGGUUUAAGCUUCGGGCACCUGCCAAUUCGAUAUUCGGGGCCCGCCGCCGCAAACAACAACCCCACUCGCCGUUACUGCGUUUUAUUAUAUCCAGGACCUUUUCCUCUACAUCUUCGACUCGUUGCUCGUGCAUCAUUCCCUCAUCCAUCAUGGCCGACAGAGACACGCUGCCCGAGAAUGUCAAGCCUUCUCACUACAGCUUGUCCAUCUCCUCCCUCGAGUUCAAGGACUGGACAUACCAGGGCAAGGUGACCAUCGAUGUACAAAUUGCGGAACCCACCAAGGACAUCAUCAUCAAUGCCAUUGAGCUCAAGCUGGCUUCUGCCAAGCUGACUCUCUCUCAGAACAAGGGCACACAGGAAUUCUCCACCGCCAACUUUGCCUACAAUGAGAGACAGCAACGUGCCACCCUCGCCUUUGCCGAGGAGAUCCCGGCUUCACAAAAGGCACACCUGGAAAUUGAAUUCGAGGGCAUCCUGAACCAUGACAUGGCAGGAUUCUACCGAAGCCAGUACAAGCCCGUGGUUCCAGCUGCAAAGUCUGUCCCCCGCGAUGACGAUUUUCACUACAUGUUCAGCACUCAGUUUGAGUCAUGUGACGCACGACGGGCAUUCCCUUGUUUCGACGAGCCCAGGCUCAAGUCCACCUUUGACUUUGAGAUUGAGGUACCCGACGACCAGGUGGCUUUAUCCAACAUGCCGGUCAAGAGCACGACUCCAUCAGGCGAGGGCCGUCAUGUCGUGGCCUUUGAGCGCACUCCCGUCAUGAGCACCUAUCUUCUGGCCUGGGCUGUUGGCGACUUUGAAUAUAUAGAGGCUCUGACAGACCGUCGGUACAAUGGCAAGCAAAUCCCAGUCCGGGUUUACACCACCCGCGGACUCAAGGAGCAGGGCCGGUGGGCGCUCGAGCACGCUCCCAAGACCAUUGACCUCUUCUCUGAGAGCUUUGGUAUCGACUAUCCUCUUCCCAAGUCGGAUCUUCUCGCUGUUCACGAAUUUACCCACGGCGCCAUGGAGAACUGGGGUCUUGUCACCUACAGGACGACCGCUGUCCUUUUCGAUCCCAAGACCUCGGAUGCUCAGUUUAAGAGACGCAUUGCGUAUGUUGUCGCUCACGAACUCGCUCACCAAUGGUUUGGCAAUCUCGUGACAAUGGACUGGUGGGAUGAGCUUUGGCUGAACGAAUCAUUCGCCACCUGGGCUGGCUGGUAUGCUAUCGACAAAUUCCAUCCGGACUGGCAGGUCUGGCCACAUUUCCUUAAUGACGGCACAGAGCUUGCAUUCAACCUGGACUCUUUGCGCUCCUCGCACCCAGUCCAUGUACCUGUUAGGGACGCCCUCGACGUGAACCAGAUCUUUGACCACAUCAGCUACCUCAAGGGCUGCUCAGUCCUACGAAUGCUGGUCAACCACCUGGGCGUUGAAAAAUUCCUCAAAGGCGUUUCCAUUUACCUGAGCAAGCACACUUAUGGCAACGCAAAGACCGAAGCUCUAUGGGAUGGUCUGAGAGAGGCAUCUGGUGCAGAUAUUGACUCGCUCAUGAGCACCUGGAUCAAGAAAAUCGGAUUCCCAGUAUUGACUGUUGCCGAAGAGCCUGGCCAGAUCACUGUCAAGCAAUCCCGCUUCCUUGCAACUGGUGAUGUGAAACCCGAGGAAGAUGAGACUGUUUGGUGGGUGCCAUUGGGCUUCCAAGGCAAGGUGGGCACCAGUGAGGUGCAGACCCUCGCCUUGACUGCCAAGGAGGACACUAUUCGCGACAUCGACAAUGACUUUUACAAGCUCAACGAUAACGGCACUGGUUUUUACCGGACCAAUUAUCCACCCGAGCGCCUGGCAAAACUUGGCUCCCAACUUGACAGGUUGAGCGUCGACGACAGGGCUUCAACCAUUGGAUCUGCCGCUGCCGUUGCCAAAGCUGGGUAUGGCACAACGCCGGCCCUACUGUCGUUCCUAGAGGGUUUCUCUCAUGAGUCAAGCCAGAUAGUCUGGGAAACAGCUCUAGAUUCUGUCAGCUUUGUCAAGGCUGUCUUCGGCGAUGAUGAGGCCAUAAACACUGGCCUAGAGAACUUCACCCUUAAACUCAUCAACCACACAAUUGAGAAGGUUGGCUGGGAGGAAGGACCAGACGAAGGUUUCCUCACCAGUCUUUUGCGCAAGAAGAUACUUCUCACCGCAGCUGCCAACAACCAUUCAGAGACACUCGAGAAGGGCCAGCAAUUGUUUGGAGCUUGGAAUAAGGAUGGAGCCGAGCUGAACCCAAAUCUGCGUUCUGUCAUCUACCGUGCCGGUGUCAAGGCAGACCCCACGGCAGCCUUUGACGCCCUGAAGAGGGAAUGGGAGACUACCACAUCUCCCGACGGUAAAGAUUUUGCACUUUCUGCGAUUGGACAUAUUCGUGACACGGAGUUGAUCAACAACAAGAUUCUCCCCUUCCUCUUCAACACCACCUCGGAUUCUGUUCCGUCUGGUGACAUGCACGCCCUGGGAUCCGUGCUUUCAACCAAUUCAGUUGCUCGCCCGCUGCUGUGGAAAUAUCUUCAAGACAACUGGGGAAAGGCCACUGAAAAGAUGGCAAACCCUGUCAUUCUCGACCGAUUUGUUCGCCUCACGUUGGGCAAGUUCACCGAGUCAAAGUACUUGGAUGAAAUUGAUGAGUUCUUCAAGGACAAGGACACGGCUAGCUUCAAUCGGACCUUGGAGCAGGUCAAGGACAAUGUACGCGGACGUGUAACAUACCGCGAGCGGGACACUGCAACCAUCAAGGAAUGGCUUGAAGCAAACAAGUACAUUUCCUGA